CUUUAAAUAAAUUAAACCCUUUUGGUUACAGAGUAAACCUUUGUAUAGUGCAUCAAACAACAGUUUUUCAAAAGAUUUUGUUUACCAGGUCGCUAAAGUUCCUCUUCUCUGCCGCUAAUUAAGCUGCUCAUAAUCACUCUGCCGCUAACGGAAUUUGGCGCAAGAUAUUUUCCAUUAUUCAUCAAAUACAUAUGACACAACAAGACCAACGCAAAGUUGCUUAUGCCAUUCGGAGGAUGAACAAAUAUAUUGAAUCAAAUGCAACAAAGUUAAAUGAUGGAAACCAUAGUGGACAUGAACAAGAAAUUUCAGGACUUGGGAGUACACACUGACUUUUAAACUCAUUCGUCCCAAGAUGAGUCGUCAAAUUAAAAUAUGGAGAGAGCAGCGCCAUUUGGUGAGCAGGUGGAUAUCUCAUCGGGCGACUCAUCUUCCUCUGAUACAGAUGAUCGCAAAACAGAAAACAAACAGCUGAAAAAUUAUAUCACCACUGGUCAACCUGUUAACGAACUUAUUUCUGAAGAUUCAAUGAUAAGAAGAGCAAGAAUGUACCAGGAGUACAUGCAGUUGGUUCCUAUUCCCACACACCGUGGCUCUGUUAUCCCUUUCACCUCAUGGGCGGGAUUAGCCGCAUCCAUUAAACAGUUAUAUGGACAACCACUGCACUACCUAACCAAUGUCCACAUGAAGCAGUGGGAUCAAAUGAGGUUCAACACCAACGAUGAUGACGUUCCAUUAGAUACCAUCAUACAUCCUAGCAAAGCUGAAGCAAGCAUCUGGCUUAUUGAAGAAGUUCAUAGGCGUGCCUCAUCUCAUCAUUACAUUGCUGAACUUUGGCUUGCUGAUCCUAUGUAUCAUGCCUAUGUUGAUCCAAUUUUCCCAAAGCUGCAGAAUUCAACAAAGUAGAUUAUUUGCUAAUCUAUCUUCAUUGACUUGGUCUAGACUCAUUAACCUUCUACUUGGGAAAAAAAAUUUAAUCUCCAUCACCCUUUCCAAACAACCAUGUUAUAUGAAAAAUUGUAAUGACUUCUUUGAGUUUAUCUCCUGCUUUCACAUGUUGAUAAAGUAAUAUGUUUUCAGCACAUGGGCUA